UAACCGUCGUUGUAGCCGUUGUAGCGACUUGUCAAUCAAUGUAGCCACGCCCUAAAGCAUACUCUGCUUUAUCGUCAAAUUAAAUUAAAUGGGACCAUAAUUUACAAAAUUAACAUCAUGCUGUACUGAAGAAGACUCGAAACUAGUUUUGAGACCAUUUUGAGACUCACUAGGAAGGUGUUUAGUGAGGAGUUGGACGACCAAAUACGGGAGCUGUCAAGUGUGUUGUUUGCAACAAGCAGGACGAAAAAGGGGGAUACAAACAACAAAACAAAGGAGCGGAGAGAGGAGAGGUGACUUGGCCGAAGCGACAUGUUUGGCAUGAUCAAGAAUUCGCUCUUCGGAAACACCGAGGAGACGGAAUAUAAAUUGCUCAGCAGUGAGACGAAGGAUGGGAUUAGCUUUGAGGUGCGGCGGUACGAAGCUGCCAAAUACGCUGCUGUCUCCUCUGAGGGACGGAGCUUCGACCAAGUGACGGGAGAGCUGGUGAGGAAGCUGCUCAUGUACAUUGGUGGAAGCAAUGAACAAGGUGAGGCCAUGGGUACAGCAGCACCCAUCAUCAUCACAGUGUACCCGCGGAACGACGGUGUUCUGUCUCGUCGUUUGAUGGUCGCCAUCCGCAUCCCCACCAUCUACCAGCAAAGCCCCCCGACUCCCACCGACAGUGCCAUCAGGAUUGAGGAGCGGCCUGGCAUGACUGUCUACGCUCUGCAGUUUGGAGGCUUCGCAGGGGAGACUGAGUACCGAGCAGAGGCCUUGCGUUUGACACGCACCCUGGGUGAAACGGCGCCCUUCCAGCGCAAGCAGUACUUCUGCUGUAGUUACGACCCACCACUUAAGCCUUACGGACGGCGUAACGAGGUGUGGUUUCUACAGGAGGAGCCGUAAGACCCAUUCGGUCAGAUCAGAGUCAAAUCAAGAGCUGAAUUCUUUUUUCAACCUUAAUUACCCUUUCACUACUGACAGUCCUGUAGCUCUAACAGUGUUCGAUCGGUAAGAGCAAUAUGGUGACUUGAUAGACCUUUGAACCCAGAUGGACAGAUAUAGAUUACCCAUGUUGCCUUUACCCAUCUGGUCUUGUGCUUGUCACACAUACAGUAGCUUCACUGAAGUUAGGUGUUCUGGCAGCAGGACAAUUUAGAAUUCAACAUCAGUUGCUCUUACUCCUGUUGUGAUCACAUUUUCUAUAUAUUUAUUUGUAAUGUAAACUCACCCCUUAAAGCUCUUAUGAUUAAAGGCUUCUAGACAAAUAUAGUGUUAAGAAGUUAUAGUAUUUUUGAGUCCCAUUUGUAAAAAGAACAAAAUUUUAGCCAAGGGAAAAAAGAUCUUGAAGAAAAUACCUUUAGAAAAACUGGUACGUAACGCCAUCUGCUUACAGGUGUGAAAUAGAAAGGUCAGUCGAUUUGUGGUUCAGGACCGGAGCUCGAUAGAGAGCAACUCAAUGAAUAAUCUGUUCUGUUAAUCAAUUUUCAUUCAUUUUAGAAUUAGAUGUUUGUCUAUACAGGUAAAUAAAGUCCUUAUAGAGCUCUCCUCUACCUGAGCAACAAACAGUAUGGCUUUGCACAUCUUUAAUCUAGUUACAAUAUAGUAACAUCUACAGAUUAUUGUAUAGAAUUAAACAUUAGUUAGCCUACAUGUUAGAAUAAAGCACACUUCCUUUUCCUGAGUAAGGAACUGGAAAGAAAUGGGAGUUGAGCCAUAAAGUAGAACUAGUCUUUAUGAAUUAUUGGGUGGACAGCUGAGUGGGAACUAGCUUGCUAGUGGUGUUGUCUUAAAACAAUGUCAUGUUAUAAACUUUGUGAUUCUAUGUGGAAACAGAAAGCUUUUGUGUGUAGUGAAUACUUUGUGUUUUAGUGCAUGACAAUGCCAUCUUUAUUUAUUUAGACUCCUGAAACUGUUUUAUGUGAUACAUCUGUACAGUGUGAUUUACUGUGAUAAGAGUGAAUAUAAUGUUCAGGUUUGAUAGUGUUUCAUAAAAUAAUAAAAAUGUUAUUUAGUUAGAGUGUGGAUAAUUCUAAUUGUCUUAUUUCUUCAUUUGGUGAAACACUGUAAGGGGACAGUAUCACACUGUCCAAACUGUUGAUGAAGAUGUGAAUCUGUCUGCUUCAUUUCUGGGUGUGACAAGGAAGUAAAAACUGACCUGUGUAGACCUGACACACACUAUCUGUAGUUUUACAUGUUGAAAAGAAUAACCUUAAAUCUGAUUUAGUCAACUUGAAGUCUUCACUUUGUAAAAUUAUCGCCAGUACACUUUGAUGACGCGAAUGGAAGCAAGCAAUAAACAGUAAAUCUGAGUAAUUCAGCAAGGUAAUAAAUGAUUAAACAUAAGCAUAAUUGAACUAAUGCAAGUCAGAGAUCACAAAUCAAUUAAUCAAUAUCAAAAUGCUAAAUUCAAUAUAUGUCAAAUUUAUUAGAUUUUAACUGACAGACAAAAUUCAGCAAAAGGAAUAAGAAUAGCAAAAGAGAUAUUAACUUACAUUUGAUUAAUUAAAGCAAACUAAAACCCAAACCCCAAAAAUCCUCUAUCCACUACAACUGUGUGCAAAUAGUCCUUCAAAUAGGAGUUAACUGAUGCACAUUGAUGGGGAUGCAAUUACACGGCCAGUUGGCGCCUCGCCCCAGUUUAAUCAGGAAUAAAUGGUUCGCAUUCAGAAGUUCAAAACAGCAGGCAGAACACUGAUGGGCCCUUAAUAUAAUGGUGCAGCCCUGUAACCCCACACUGGUGUAAUUACACAAAGAGCAGAGUUCUGGUUUCAGCUUGGCUUUGCAUACAUGAAUACAAUAGAAGCUAGGAGUCGAGCACAGGGUCACGCAGGUAACCCCAGCUUGUCACCUAUGACCUUGUUAUGUGAAGGUGAAAUAUUGCACAUACAUAGACUUGUUAUGUAAAAAAAAAAAAACCUUCCCGAUCAACUUUCUGAAAUAAUGCACUGAUUCUUUUGAUAACAAAAACCUUGACUACAUACAUCAAAAUAUGAUGGAGACUGUGAGAUUUGGGUCAUACAAUGAAUGGAAUUAUUUAGCAGACUGUCACGUAAUUGAUGUACAGUAGUACAGGAUCACCUUGGUCAGAUUAAGGAAACGUCUAUUCUUUUUACUGUUUUACUAGAAUACUAUGAGAAUCAGUGAGUGUACAGGAAACGACAUUUUAUUACUAAACUCUAUUCAACCCAGUUCUGCUAAUGUACUGUAUAUGGAGAACAAAUGCUCAAUGCAAAA